GCCGGGGAGCCUGGGGUCACGCCCGCGGGCCGGGAGGGGCGGCUGAGCGCCCGGGGCGCAUAUAAGGGCGGCGCGUUCUCCGCGCAGAGCCUGCGGCGCUCCUCCCGGGCGGGCGGCCCUGCGCAGCAGCUGCUCCCGGGGACCCGCAGCGUCCGGCCGGUGGCGGGGUGGCUGGGGGCGCCGGCGGGGCCCACGGACGGCGGGGUCAUGGCGGGGGCGACGUGCGUGCCCCCCGCCCGGCCGAGCCUGACGUCCAUCUCGUCGGGGGAGCUGCGCAGCUUGUGGACGUGCGACUGCGAGCUGGCCCUGCUGCCUCUGGAGCAGCUGCUGCGCCUGCAGCCCGGCGCCUUCCAGCUGCGCGGCGACCAGCUCGCGGUGCCGGGGCCCAGCGGGCCGGGGGCCUCGGCCGCGCGCGGCGGCUUCAACGUCUUCAGCGACGGCCUCGUGCGCCUCGACGGGCAGCUCUACCGCCUCAGCAACCACAUCAGGAGAUAUGUGGAACUGACCAAUUAUUGUGAUUAUAAAGACUACAGAGAAACUAUAUUGAGCAAACCGAUGGUGUUCUUUAUUAAUGUACAGACUAAAAAAGACACCACAAAAGAAAGAACAUAUGCAUUUCUCGUGAACACAAGACAUCCCAAGGUAAGAAGACAGAUAGAGCAGGGGAUGGACACUGUCAUUUCCUCUGUGAUUGGAGAAAGCUACCGACUCCAGUUUGAUUUUCAAGAUGCAGUAAAGAAUUUUUUCCCUCCAGAAAAUGAAGUGGUUAAUGGAGAGAAUUUGAGCUUUGUGUACGAAUUCAAAGCUGAUGCAUUAUUUGAUUUUUUCUAUUGGUUUGGGCUUAGCAAUUCUACUGUAAAAGUGAAUGGGAAAGUAAUGAACUUGUCAAGUACAAGUCCAGAAAAGAAGGAGACGAUUAAAUUGUUUCUGGAAAAAAUGAGUGAACCUUUAAUCCGAAGAAGCAGUUUUUCUGACCGAAAAUUCAGUGUGACUUCCAGAGGUUCAAUCGAUGAAGUCUUCAACUGUAAUCUGUCCCCCAGAUCAUCUUUGACAGAGCCUCUCUUGGCAGAAUUGCCAUUCCCAAGUGUUCUGGAAUCUGAUGAGACACCCAACCAAUUGAUGUGAUUAGACUGAAUGUUUCACAGUGAUUCAGCUGCACCUGGAGGCUGAGGGGGCAGGAAGGCUGUUUGGCGGUGCAGUUGGAGGAAACAGGAGGUCCACGCUCCUCUCUGUCUGUCCAUCUUCUGUUUCUGGGCAAUACCCUGGCAGGUUGAUGCUGCUGGCUUCAGAAUGGGAGGAUGUUGAAUUUAUAAGCUGUGUGUAUGUAGUGGAGGGGGGGCAGGAGGAGGUGGGUCCCUUUUUACACUUCUCCGAAGUAACUGAGGAGAGUGGCAGAGCUCUGCCAUCCUGAGUUGUUGUUCAGACACCCAUUGAUGGAGAAGGUGGACUGGUGGGGGUGACCUAAAUUGGAGUUUCAUCUUGUGCUUGGGACUCAGCAGGCAUGGAGUGAGAAGUGCAAACUGGGCUGCACCAAUGUCUGGGGCAUCUUUCUACUGGAAGGCAAGUCCAUUUCUCUGGCUAUUUGUUAGAAGAAUCAUGCAUGCAGGGUAAGGUUCCCUAGGGAAAUGGCUGCCAGGCUGAUGGGAUGGUAACCCUGCCAGUUUCCAUCUACAGUCUCAGCUCCUGAGACUCCUUCCUAGCAAAGUGACCUGUGCAGAGAGGGGCCAUGUGAUGGGGCGCCACACAGUGACAGGGGAGGGCAAUGUAUGCAGCACUGCCCUCUUUACUGAAAGCAUAUUACGUCAGUCGGGCAUUUAAAAUAAAACAAGCUUUUAGCAGUCCUGACACUAAAAGCAAAAUAGAAGAAAGCUUUAGCAUUACCAUAAUACAUUGUUACAGCACCACAUUUUCAUCUCACAGCCACAUUGGAAUUCUUUAGAAAAAGAAAAAAAGAGAGCACCCUAUCUACAUAUAAAAACCAGUCUGAAUGAAUGGCUAUAUACAUGUACAAUGAGGAAGAUUUAUGGGUCUUGAGUGUAAUUGUCUAUCCUUUUCUCCCCAGUGUCUUUGUAUUAUACCUUUUGAUAGCACUACUGUCUUUUAUAUUUGAAAUGUUGCCGACUACAUUUGUGCUAUUAAAACAUUUUUUUCUGAGCA